GUUUCUAAACUCAUAAAACAACUCCGAAACCCCAGUCCAUUAACCGUACAAGAUAACUGAGGAUUCUGGGAGAAACCCUGACCAUUAAGUAUCAACACCGACUGCUCGCCUCCGUCUGUACACUUCCGCAGCAAUUAGUACUAUCAUCUCUCUUUUUGUUGCCUGAAUUGCUGUCGCAGCAAUCUUUACUAUCUUAAUGGCAGCCAAAUGGGUGCUGAGCAGCGUGGAAAACAUCAAUUGCUUGGCGGCUGAAGUCCUUUGCCACAUCCUCUCACUCCUUCCAACUAAAGAUGCAGUGCGCACAUCCUUUGUGUCAAGAAGGUGGAGAGUAUUGCUCUUCCAUAACAGACAAUCUGUAGUUAGAUUUCGUCUCAAGUGCAUUUAUUAUAAUGAGGGUAUUGGUACUCCACAAUUUGACACUUUGCGAAUUGAUGGAUGGAUUCGCGCUGUAAUGUGGCAUAGUAUUCAAGAGCUUGAGCUUGACAUAACCGAAUCUGAUAUCAAUCUCGAGUUCCUGCCAGCUAGUUUAUUUACUUGUGAGACACUGGUGGUCCUGAAAUUGUGUUUAGUUUCGGGUUAUGACAGUUUUGAGUUCCCAUCCAAGGAUGUUUGUGGUUGCCCAGUUCUUGAGGAUCUGAUUCUGGAUGAUUGUUGUGCAAGAUAUGACUGUUUAAAAUUCGAGGUUUCUAAACCUACAGUCAAGAGACUUAUCAUAAGAAAUAUGAGAUAUGAAGGAGUGAAUCCAGUCAUUCCACAGAUUGUGAUCAAUGCCCCAAGUCUUGUCUACUUCAGUUUCUCUGAGUCAGAAUUACAUCCCCUUGUUUUUGUAGACAUGCAGUCUCUUUGUGAAGCAGUUAUAGAUUUUUAUUUUUGGUUUGAUUCUGCAAAUUAUGCUGCUGCCAUAAAUGAUCUUUUGGCGGGGAUAACAAGUGUUUGGUCACUUCAAAUUUCCAUUCAUACUCUAGAGUGUCUCCAAGACUGUAAAGCUCCUAUCCCUUUGUGGAGUAACAUGACUCGCUUGAAAAUUUUUGGUUGGACACAGCGUUAUCACUUUGCUUGCCUGCAAUACUUUCUUUCACGUUCUUAUUGUCUAGAAACUCUAAUUAUUGAGACAAUUGAAAUCUUGUCAUUCCAAGAGGAGGAAGCCUGCAUGAAAAUGGUUGAGUACUUUUUAAGUAAUGCUAAGGUUCUGGAGGAGAUGACAAUUCAUAUUGUAGCGAAAAAGGAACAACAGUUGAAGAGCGCUAAGGAACUGCCUAAAGGCAUAGAUAGAAAUGGUGUUAUGGAAGAAAUUACUGGCUUUCCUGAAAAGUUGGAUUACAACAACAUUAAUCUAGGCAUUGAUCAUGCUUGUGCUACUACUCUGGCCUUACCAAAGAGUGCACAAGGAAAUGUCUAUGGCCAUGUCUCUGGGGGUUUGAUGAUGUGGAUCUUAGGGAAUCCAGUGAAGAUUGAAGGGCAACAGGCAUAUUGGCAUUGCAAAGACAGAGGUUGGUCAAAGUGGAAAAAUGAUAGCCCUAGAAUGAUACAUGACAUUUGGUGUUUCAGGAGCCAUCCAACAUUUAGCUGGUAUGAAAGAUUCGAAAGUUUCCAGUAAGUACAAAACUGACUGGCUGCUUGAGCCCUAGCAAAUUGAUAGGAUUGCAUUUUAUAGAUGCUAUAUGAAAUAAGAAGCUUCUGGGAAUUGAAUCUGGACAGUAAGUUUUCUAAAUAAUCAUAGUUCUGCUUGAGUUGAGCUUGUAGUGGCAAAUCUCUAUGUUAUAGGCAGCAAGCACAUUGAUUUUAUGCUCAACGCAGCAAGCACACUGGUUUUAUGCUCAACGGUCCUUGAAAUAUAAGGUAAAACCAAAUAAUGUGUAUGUUUAGCUCAGAUUCAGCUUUUCAACUCUGCAAAACUUGCUUUGCAUUUUACCUUUAAGAAGCCUGUUGACAGAUAUCCUAGACUUCUACCAUGUGUAUUGUGCAUUAUCGUGAUUAAUGAACUCUUGGAAAUGAAGGUAGCUGAGGAACUGAUACCAGAGUUGUUAGAGAAACUUCCUGAGAAAAAUUAGGCCUUCCAGCUGCCCCACCUUUCAAUAAUGUAAUGUAGCGUCCUGUAUUUUGCUCUGCAUCACUUGUUUGGUAAAAUAACGGUUUUAGGAAUUA